AAAAGAAAAAUACGAACGAAAAAAAAACAACAAAGAAUUCAUGACCGAAAAAACUUAAAAAAUGUGUGUUGGCUGCAGGUAUAUAAAGCGGCCGUGCUGUUCAGGUAGAUAUUCGCAGUCUUACUUUGCAUCAUCCAACAUGAAGACUUCUCUUGUGGUUCUUGUCUUGAGUGCCGUUGUGGCCGCUGUUAUUGCCGAUGGUGAAUAUGCGCCUCCAGCGUAUGAGAAGAAAUACGACGGCUAUUUCCAGUACGCCAAUGUUCCCAAUAAAGAUGAAUACGAAUUCGGAUACAACCGUGGCAAUCCUUCCCACAACCGUAACCACUACGAGCAGUCCAAGGAUCACCGUUUCCGCACCAAGGUCAAGUGGAACGAUGCCUACAGUGGCAACGGAGAACAUUACUGGGAAUACAACCAUGGUGAUGCUGGUUAUGCGGCUCCCGCCUACGCCCCCGCUGCAGCCUACGCCCCCGCUGCGGCCUACUCCGAGAAUGUUCCCGUCUACCAGCCAGCUCCCCAAGCUCAAGCUUAAACGCACCGAAUCCGCAUGAAACCCUAUUGUUGAAAAAUCCCUAUUCUUUGAGAGAAUAAUAUUAUUAUUAAUAAAUUUGGUUGUUAUUCAUAAA